GCAUCCUCUAAGCGCUAUGUCACUCAAAAAAGGCGCCAAAACAAUUCCCGCGCAUUCACUCUUGCAGUGUGCUUAUGUAGUUGUCUUUAUCGCAAACGUUUGUCGUAAAAUGGGGGACAGUUUGACUGAAGAGGAAAUUCUGAGGCUGCUGGAAGAAUCUGGAUCUGAAAUUGACGAUGAUGGAUUUCAAACUGAAAAUAGUUCUUCUGAAAUAGAUGGUAACAACGAGUGGUCCGAAAAUGAAAAUGAGCCAUCAGACGUAUUAGAAGAGUGUGAAGCUCCCAUUCAAAAAGGCAGAGGCAGAAUACAACAACAGCAGUCCCAAAACAACGUUGUUGAAUGGGUAAAUGACGAUGUCCUACAACAAUUACCGCUCUUUGAAGGCGUAAGUAAUGUCUUGGCACCUUUGAGCGCCGAAAGCACUGAAUUUGACUGUUGGAGCGUCUUUAUUGACGCAAAUGUCAUCAAAAAUAUAAAGACAGAAACAAACCGCUACGCUGCAGCAACAAUUUCCAAAUUGCGGAUGCAAAAUAAAAUAACUUCCAGGUCGCUUUGGGCCAAUUGGUCUGCUGUGAAGCUACAUGAGAUGUAUCAGUUUUUUGCUAUAAUUAUUCACAUGUGCCUUGUACACAAACCAAAUAUUACGGACUAUUGGAGCAAUGACCUAAUGCUAGAUUCCUCCUUACCUGCAAAAAUCAUGAAAAAGAGACAGAUUUAGGUCAAUUUACUUUAUGCUUCACGUAAAUAACAACGACAAUUAUGUACGAAGGGGUCAACCAAACCAUGAUCCUAUACACAAAAUCCGACCUUUUUUUGAUAACUUUGUACUGAAAAGCAAGAACAGUUUUUCUCCUGGCGAGAAUCUCACAGUUGAUGAAGGUUUAUGUCCAUUCAGAGGGAGAAUUCGAUUUCGAGUAUAUAUCAAGAACAAACCGAGCAGGUAUGGUAUAAAAUUUUUCAUUCUAAGUGAUUCAGCAACAGGAUAUGUUUUGAACUGUGAAGUGUACACCGGUGCAGGUGAAAAAGACAACAGUGCAGAUUCAGUGGUGCUACGUUUGUGCAACAGUUAUCUACGUAAGGGUCAUACAUUGUACAU